AUGAAUAAAAACAAAUGUACUCUUUGCAAGGAACGAAAUGGAAAUACGCGAUGUGAAGGAUGUAAUACUUUAUUCUGUUUACCAUGUAUGAACAAACAUCAUGAUGAACUUGCGCAGCAAUUCCAAUUAGUAAUGGACGCCCGAAAUGAAGUCAAACAAACACUUGAUAUUCAUGGCCUGUCAGCGUUGAAUGAAGACUCAGUAGCGUACCUGAAGAAAGUCAACGAAUGGGAACAAGAUAUGAUCCAGCGAAUUCAAGCUAUAGCGGCGAAAGUUCGGACGGAUGCGAAUGAGAUGAUGACGAAGUAUAUGGAAGAUCUGUGUGUGCGAUUUCAACAACUGUCGGAUGAUGUGCAAGAACAACAAAAACAAGGAAGCUAUUUCGAGGAUGAUAUUGAGAGAAUGAAGAUAGAAUUAACCAAAUUGAAGAAUGAUAUCGAAAAUAUACAGACCAAAGUUCGAGUUGAUUAUUCUAAAGCAAAUCAAAUUGACUGGGAUACGCUGAUAUCUAUUAUGCAAGACGAAGUAACGAAUGAAGCCAAGCCAACACUAACGCCAGAUGAUACAGCAUCAAACAUUGUACAGGUUCGGGUGCUCAAUGGCAACGGCGCAUCAAGCACUUCAGCUAAAUUUAAUUUUAACCAACAUGCAGAUCGGUUCGGCAGAUGUACGUGUUCUGCAAACUAUAAUAAUGGUUUAUUAUCUCGUGGUGUUUGUACAGAAUGUGAUCGAAACUCCCAACUAUCUACAUUCCCUUAUAGUGAUGACUUUUACUCAUCCAUGCAAGAUACAUAUUCGCCAAGACUCGAUCCUAGCCAAACACUACUGAUGCACUGUCCGCAUUGCAAAAAUAUGGCCUUCAUGGAGCGUAUUCCAAACAGUUUUGAUUAUCAAUAUAAGAAUACAUCUGAAAUGAAAUGCCAAUUGUGUAAUGAAAAGAAGGGUAGUACAAGAUGCGAAGGAUGUGAUAUGUUACUCUGUUUGGUGUGCAUGACGACACAUCAAACUGAACUCAUGGAACAAUUUCAACAAUUGCUAAAUAUGAGAAAUGAAUUGAAAGAGUCGAGUGAUUUAGCAGAGAAGGUUUCGCAAGAUCAGACGAAACUAUCCUGUUUUAUCGAGAUCAACCGUUGGGAACAAGAUUCGAUUGUGCAUAUUCGAGAAGUUGCCAAUAAGAUUCGAUCGAAUAUCACGAUAAUCAUGACAAAGAAUCUCGAAGAUAUCCGUACGCAGUUAGAACAAUUGUCUGUUACCAUGCAGCAACAACAGAAAGAAGAGAAUUAUUUAGAAAAUGAACUCACAAAGAUCAAGGCACAACUGACACAAUUGAAAGAGACAAUCUCGCAUGUCAAUGAGAAAAUCCACGUGGUAAUAGCCAAUAAUAUCAAUUGGGAUACAUUGAUUCAUGUUAUGCAAGAUCAAGAUUUGAUUGAGUUGGAUUGCAAUCGAAAUAGACUUCAAUAUAGACGAAAGGAUUUAUCGAAUAAUCGAAUAACUACCAAUCAACAUUGUUUUCAUGAGAGAUCUGCUUUUCGGCCGACGAAUACUCUACGCUUUAAUUCAAAUGGUUUCACACCAUUUCGUCCAAUCACUCCAGUUAAUUUGAACGAAACUGACGCGUCAGAUUCUGAAAGAACUUCACCAGUAUUAACAAAUAUUGUACCUGUCGAUAAAAUAGUCCCUAUGCUAACAAAUUCCGAACAGCCAUUUUCCUGGUCAACAAGGAUUCAAAAUAGGCAAACUAAUUCAUAG